AUGUCAAAUGGUACCUGCCAGGAACUGGUUCCAGUACCGCCUCUGCCGCUGCCGCCGCCGCUGUUUCGAUACGAGUUCAGGGAGCCCCUGAGGGAGGGAAUUGUGCAGCAGCGUAAGGGGAGGUUUACACUGGAGGUGCUUGUGGAUGGCGAGGUGCUGCUGUGUCACUGCCCCAGCACAGCCCUGCACCCCAACCGAGACCUCCUCAACAGCGGGAAGGCACGCACCCUGCACGCCCCUAAGAGAGGGCCUGGGAAAGUGGCAACUGAGACACAGAAUCUAGGUGCUGCCUACCAGCCUGUGCCUUGCCUGGUGUCGAGGGUGGAUAACACGGUGAAGCGGCACGCCGACAGGCAGCGGCAGACGCAGCACACAGUGGAGGCAAUCUCGCUGGAUGGCUCACAGUCGUGGAUAGGCAUCAAUCAGGUCAUGGUCGCCAGGUACAUGGGGCACUUUCUGCAGGCCGGCGGCAUGCCCGAGAUCUGCAGAGACCCACUAGGCCUGAAGCCAGAGCAGAAGGUGGGCAAGUGCCGCAUAGACUUUGUGCAUCAGGGGCGAGACACCAUAGAGCUGAAGAUGUUCCCUCCUCAGAUCCUGCGCCCGGUCCCCCGCAAUAUGAAGGGCUAUGAGGCUCGGAAGUUUACCGAGCGCAUCACAUCGCAGCUGCACUGCAUGGUGGAACACCUGCACGAACAGCGCGCUGCCCGCGGCCUGCUUGACACCGGGACAAAGAGGGUGCGGCAGCAGCUUCCAGAGGACGACAAUCCGAGGGCGAUGCUGCUGAUGUGCUACCAGAACAAUGAGCCGCCAGUGAAGGUGCCCAAAGGGGCGCUGGCCAGCGGCAGCCCAGUCAUGGCUGCGUUCUCCGCUGCUAGAAAGGCCGGCCUCGAAUUCUGGCAGGUGAACAUGCAGAUAGACCCCAGGGGGGUGACCUUGGCCAGUUACGCGCCGCGCAACCUCCUCAAGGGGCGGCCAAAGGCACACAUAGCAAAGCUGAGGGGACGCAUCUAUCUGGAGGAAGCCAUGCAGGCUCCGAAAAAGAGCCGCCGGGCAAAAGAAGCAACGCCGGCUGUGCCUGCUCCUGUGGUUGUCCCCGGCGUGGAGGAAGGCGGUGCAUUGGCAGAGGAAUUGAGAGCGGUGCAGCUGCAGAAGCAGCUGAGAGAAGUUCUGUCGCUGCAAGCCUGGCUGCAUCUGAAGUACGGGCCAGAGAUGUGGCAGGAUGACGCCACCACACUGGCAGCGCGCGUGGCGGCUGCAGAGCGCAGGGUGCAGGAAGUGCGGGGGCAGAGCCCGCAGCAGCGCUUCACAUCAAGCCUGAAAGUGCCUGUCAUGCUUGCAGAGGGGUUUGGUCGUGCGCCGUUGAGCCGUAACGCGCUCUUGUGCGCUGGGCUUGUGGCAGACGGCAGGGCGCAGAAAGCAAAGCAACCACACAGCGCCCUUCGAUAGCAGGGGCUGUCAUGUGUGACAGUGUAGAAGACUAGAAAUAGGGACAAUUUGGCACCGGAUGACCAUUUUGGGCCUGAGCACCAGGAAUCUAGGCCGAUCUGAGACAGACUGUCUCCUUGAUGCUUAUGCAAGCAAGGCUAUGGCUGUUUUUGCUGUGGGCUGCUCUGCGGGUUUCAUGCUCCUUAUCACAGUCUGUACAGUAAGGCAUGCAGGUAAUUUGCUGUGUGACUAGCAUGAACACGGGCAGCAUUUGUUGGUCCCUUUAUCCAGUGUGGGCGAAGCACACCAGUGUGGGCACUGCUGAACUGAUGCGACAUUUGUAUUACUGCCAUGCGCAAGGGAGAACGGGCUGGAGGGUCUGACCUGGACUAGAUCAGGCAAUGCUACACUGACCUUGAGUGCACAUUAUUAAUCUAUGCAGGAUU